AUGCUACACAGGUGUAGAUGUCCUGCUACUCACGAGUGUCUUUUUGUCGAACAUGAUUUGCGACAUAAAGUCUACAAGUUUGCAUGCAUGAGAAUCGUAGAACAACAAAAGUAUCUUUAUGGCAAUGGCCAGUCUAGUCGAAGCAGGAAUAGGAUAAUUGUAAGCCGAUCAAGACACGGAAGAAGGCGGAGUGUGAAAUGA